AUGCAGACUGUUCAGUUUAUGGGUCCUGCACAACAACAGCAACAACCACCACCAUUUCGAUAUAAUGGACCACCAUUGCAUACAAUGCAACAACAACAACACCAACAGCAUCCACAUCAUCAGCAACAUCCACAUCCCCAUCACAUGCUGCAGCAGCAACAACAUCAACCAGCCUGGUUUGUUAAUAAUGGCAGUAGUACAACUGCUCCUGCUCCAGGUGCUGGUAUCGGUGGUGGUGGUGGUAUUAGUGUUAGUGGCAUUGAAUCUGCUGGUUCUAGUUCUGUUACAAAUGCUGGUUUUCUGCCAAAUACAAAUCCAAUUUGUAGCACUACACCAAUUAAAGGAAAG